AUCGUAGGGAGUUGUCUCAGAUACUACACACCCAAACACGGCCAUGAUUACCCAAAUCACCAUGGAUGCACUACGUAUCUAUAUGCAAAAGAUAUCGCGCCAAACCCUAGCCUUAGCAGCCUCAUACAUACACGCACACACACACACACACACACACACACGCGCGUUCUAUUGCCUCACUACUCCGUUCCAUUAUUACCACGGCCCCAGAAUGGCAAUCUCAGCGUUUCAACCCGCCUCGGAUCAGAAUCUACAGGGUUCUCGCUUCUGACCGACUGGCUGGGCCUCGAGUCCGAUGUAUAUUUGUGA